AAGUCCUUUCUCAAUUGUGACGUUCCGUUAUUCAAACCGAUUAUCGAUUUAAAUUCGGAAAAAUGCAGUAAUACAAACAAUUCAGAAAUUUAUUACGAUUAUGAGAUAUGAAUGUGUCCUUAACGUUUGAAGUGCUACUAUAUUUGAAUUCUUACUAUUUUGGACUAUUCGCAGUAUGCGAGCUAGGCAUGAACGCAGUGAAAUACAUAAAUUUCGGUAGCAUACAGCAUUACUCCACAGAUUUUGGAGUCCUACUUGGAGUUUGCUUUAUAGAAAUUUUAAGGGUGAUAUUAGCUAGCCGAGGAAACCUGACCGAAAAAAGUAAGCACAACAAUCACAGAGCACAGCUGAACGAAUGGCCUGUAAUAGUGGCCCUGCUGCUAACCAUACCAUCGCUUCUGGGCGUUGUGUACUUGAUGGUAUGGCAGAGCGAGGUCCUCCGUUUCGAAUACAUCAUUUGCGCCCUCCAGCUGGGUUUCUGUACUGCUGAAAUCGUCACGGGAGUACUUUGUCUAUUCUCUUGCUGUCAAUCUCCGGAGUACUACUGAACAGAACAUACAUAUAUGCUGGAGAAUAUGUGAUACGUGUAUGUGACAUACACAGACGUCCACAAUUUUUUUAAUGUUGGAAAAACUGCAUUAAUAUUGCCUAACUAAAAUCACACUCGAUCUCACUUUCGUAUUGCGUGGCUCCAAAUUUUACAAUUUUUCAUAACAUCGGGGAAACCCUGCGCAUUUUCGUUUUCUUCCGAUGGUACCUAGUUCCUGACCGAAGAGAUACGUAGGUAGAGCUCGAGCCCAUUAUUCUAUGACCGUUACUUUUAUUUAAAACAAUGUAAUUUAAUUGGCAAUAUUUAUAUAAUGUUUCCUGCAUUUUGUUAAUCAAUGAUCUAAGAUCAAGCUAACUUUUUCAUAUUAUUUAAAAAUAGUAACGAAAACAUUGAAAACUGUGUAAUUUUAAGAAACCGAUAUCAACAUUUUAGAGUCAGUUAAGGCUUCGACGAUGUUGCAGGUUGUUAAGCACAUUUCAUAUCCGUUAUUAUCUAAACCGAUGCACACAUCUUGCAUUAAAUAUAUUAAUCUAUGGGUGUAUGGAGGCGCCGUCGUGAUGAAAUAACGCUUGUUUUAGUCGAUAAAUAAUUGGACAAAUUUUCUAAAUGUCCCUCAAAUACGCUUCUCGAAAACUAAAGCAAUCUUUAAUUGGCGAUAUUAUUGAAUAAACGUGUGAUAAGCUAGGACUCCAUGAUUGUCUGGUCGUUAAAUGAAACAAUGUCCUAUAAGCAUGAAAAGCACAGGAUUAAGUUUGAAGUGUUAUGUGAUAAGGUGUGUAAAAUCCAAUAUGGCGUCCAUAAGAAAAAAAUAAAGUUGAUGAGGGCAAGCUACAAAAUAUAAUAUUGAAAUUCUAAAGACGCUACCUUGUAAUGAAGAAAAAGUGGUAAUAUGUGCAAUUUGCUUUGGAAUCCUACCAAUGAAAACGUUUUUGGGAAAAUUCAGUUUUUUGUCACAGGUGAGGAUCGAAUUUAAAACUCCCGGUAUAUGAAACAUAGGUUCAUUCUAAUGAUAAAGAGUAGUAUUAGUCUCAGAGGUACGCGUUUAUAGUAAAUUAUUCGGUAGUUCUAAAGAUAAAAUAUUUACCCUGUAUGAAAGGUAUUAAAAAAGUAUAUACAGCAGACGCUCGAUAAUGUAAACUAAUUUAAUCCAAGUGUGGUUCACAUUAUCGAAAUGUUUACAUUAGCGAACGUGAUUUAUAUAAUAUUUGAUUCAUUAAAAGACACGUUUAAUACAUACUAUGUAUAACAAAAUAAACAAAUAUUCUAACAGCGAUAAGUAUUUUUUUAAUUAGAAGAAAAAUAAUUAACAAUUUUUGUCUGCGUAAAUUUGCGCUUAACAUUGUCUUCCAAUGCCUGCGCACGUAAUUUAAAUAUCCGUGUAUGAAACUUCUUUUCGUUCAGCCCAAUCUAAAGCUUGGUUGAAAACUUGUAUAGCUUGCGCGUCAGUCACUACACUUCUGACUUCAAUGGGAUCGUUCUCAUCAUCCUCACUGUCCAUAUCCUCCUCCUUAUCAGCAUCAUUCGUCUGCUUAUCUUCGUUCCAUAAAUUAAUAUCAGCAGGAGUACAAACAAUGUUGGGAUUCACUGUUUUCAAUAAAUCAACAACAUCCAAUGACACACUAAUAACAUUAUCAUUAUUGGAUCGCAAACGUUAUCUAAUUACGCUUAAGGGGACAUCGUCUUCUUCAUCAUCUUCAUUAUUGGUACAAAAGAGAUUGUUCCAACAUUUUUGAAUAGUUUGCUGGUUAAGUUCAUUCCAGGCCAUAUGUAAAUCUAAAACAGCUUCUCGUAAUGUUACUUUUUUAAAGCCUCAGAUAAGUUUUCAGGAUUCUUUGAUAAGACAGACGAAAGUAGAAACUUCCUAUAGUAUAGUUUGGUGAGUCUUAUUAUAUUCUGGUCCAUCGGUUGAAUUAACGGUGUUACGUUGGGCGGCAUGUACAUGACGAAAAUUGACUCAUCCCUGCUCCUCAGUUGUUGCUCGGGAGCAUGACUUGGUACAUUAUCCAAUAGUAACAACGCUUUUAUUGGAAGCUUCUGUUGUUUUAGGAAACCUUUUACCUACAAAUUGAAAACACAUCUUCAAAUUAUGAAUAGAGCAUUUGUGAUAAUUGAUUGUCAUACCUGAGGGACAAAGCACCUGUGGAACCAUUUCAGGAAUAUACUGCUAGUCAUCCAAGCAGUUUUUGAACAGUCAUAAUCAACAGGGAUAUUAACAUUUUUAAAUGAGCGCGGAUUUUUUGCUUUCCCAAUUACCAGUGGCUUUAUUUUGUGUAAACCAUUAGCAUUAGUGCAGGCUAGAAACGUUAUUCGUUGUUUCUCCGGCUUUCUUCCCGGGGCAGAUUUUUCAAAUGAUGCAGCAUAGGUUUUCUCUGGUAACAUUUUCCAAAAAAGGCCACUUUAAUCUGCGUUGUAAAUUUGUUCCAUUCUUAAAUCUAGCUCGGUAAUUGUUUUCAUCAAUUUUUCUUAGAAUGGUUGCACUAAUUGUGGUUGUGCUGAUAAUUUUUCACCAGAUAUAGACAGCAGUCGAAUUCCAUAUCUUGUUUUGAAUCGUUGUAGCCAGCCAUCACUAGCUACGAAAUUUUCAGUGUCUUUCACUUUUUCAUUUAAGUCUCGCUCUCUGUUUAAGUACUUCGCCACUAACUGAGAGAUGAUUUUCCCGUUGUUUUAAAAACCACUUAUACAGGGAAUUUUCCAUUUUAGGUGCCUUCGCAUUUUUUAAAGUUUUUCUUUUUCCCGGACCUCUAAAUGUAUUGCACGUUCUUUGUAAAAUUUGAGUUUUCAUACGCUUAAUUUUACAGAUUGUUGCUUUCGAUACUCCAUAUUUUUUUGCUAACUGUGUCACUCCCGCACCUACUGCAACUUCGUCUAUGAUUUUCACUUUCUCACUCAACUUUAAACACUUUCUUUUAUAGGAUGUGGAUGCCAUAGUCGUAACAUAUAUUAACGCGUGCAAUGUAUUCACUUAAGUUCAAUACAUACGUACGUAUAAACGUAUUCUAAACGAUCAUACGACUGACCGAGUUUGUCGUAUUUUAUCGCAGAGGUGAAUCCCCUACGCUCUACAUCAUAAAUCGGGGACUCCCCGACGCCCGACAUUCAGCAUUUUACCGUCGCGCUGUUUCCGUGCGCCGAGAGUUGUUUACGUUAUCGAGCGUACACAUUGUUUACGUUAUCGCGCGUUCCGUCUGAUCCUAUAGAACGAAGUUUGUGUUUACAUUAGCGCAAGUUUUCAUUAUCCCGUGUUUACGUUAUCGAGCGUCUGCUGUAGUAUCUAGACUGAAACAAUCAUCUUCAUCAGUCCUGCCCUGUAUGUAUUUAAGAAUUCUAUGCAAUAAAAUUGUAGCAGUUAUUAGAAAAUAUUCUCUUGCAUACUUUUUAAUUCUGCCUUUUUUUGAAAACAUUUAUAUCCUUAAUUUCUAAAAAAAUAACUUAGUUUAAUCUGGAUCGCAGAGUUACAUCAGGUUGCUGAUAUAUUGUAAUCAAAACCAUGAAAUAGAUCGAAAAUUUCCAGGUAGUAUCUGCGAUCAAAUAUUCUUCCCACGAUCCGGAGAGUUCAACAUGAGCAAUACUUGCAUGAAACUUGAGGAGUUACCCCACUAUAUAGGGUCUUCUAGAGUAACAUGUCAAUCUCUCGUAGCCAUAUAGAAUACAACAGAUAGUGGCACAAGUUCCUGUAAAAAAAUGUCUACGGAUUUAAAGUCCCUUAAAGGAAAUCGGUUCUCUUUGAGUAACUUUCAAACGACAUUGUAUAAUUCAACAUAAUUGUAUAAGCUUAAUCACCAUUUGGAGCCUUGCUAGAAUUGAAAACAAUUAACUCGUCUAGAUAUUUUCGCAUUCUGUUCAAUAAUAACUGUAAAUUAAUAUUUUUGGGAAUCUUCAGUUGGAAAAAAAUUGUUCUAGCCGUGUUUAAGAAAAAACAAUAUUGAUUCAGAAGUGUUCCUAUAGAUUUACACUGCAGCGACUGCUCAAAACGUUAGACUUGAAUUUAAACCUAAUCAAGUAAUUUGAAAAUUCGUAUAAGGUUGGGUCGCUACUUAUGAAUCCGUUACCAGAGUUACUAUACUUUUAGAGUGGCGUAACCAGUAUGCUAGAUAAGUUCCAUGGGCGCACAUUAGGUGGGAUAAGGGGCAUAUGCUCCCCCUGGGUUUCACUUGAGAAGUAAAAUAUAUCUAAUAUGAAAUCCGUCCGAGUGGCUUGCGUUCUUUUGGUUUUUGAAACAUCCGCGAAAAUUACCUUGCUAGAUCUGAAUUGUGGAGAUUGUUUGUCUUGUUAAAUUGAAAAACUUUCAAUUUUCAAUAGCAGCCCUCCUCUAGGAGACGGAAAUCUUGCUGAGACUGAAUUCUGGCACCACCAAUGUGCCCCCUUGAAAUUCUAGAACCACCCCUUGAACUUUGUUAUUUGUGAGCCCAUGAUCAGUUCCCAAAACUAAUACUGAAACAUAAAUUUAGUAAAACCAGUACCUACGGUAUGGUUUAGAGCCAUGCUGCCCAUGAUUCAACAAAUGUGCUGAUGAUCGAUGUGUUGCUACUGAUUUGGCAGAAAGUUAAGCUGUCAACGCCUCCUUGAAAUCUGUUUCUAACCUUAGACAUGACCGCCAACCUAACCAGCGCCAUCUACUGUUAGAAUACCACUCAUUGUAAACAGCGCUAUUCAUGCUUAUUGGCAAUUUUUAUAAGCAUGGUCCAGGUUUCCGUAUUAUGGGGUAAUAGAGAUUUAAGAGACAGACCUUAGGAGUCACGAUUCAACUCAUCCAACUGCAAGUAGUGAUUUUUGUAAUAUAAAGUAGGUUGCACGAGGACUGAUAAAUAAUCCACUACCACUUAAAGGAAUUGUUAAUCUUAAAUCAAAAUUAGUAUGUUUUAUAGUACAUAGUCUAUAUUUAUAGAUGCUACUCUGAUCAAUACAUGAUGAUGAUUACAUUUACCCGAAAAUUGCGCUGCUAUUCACCAAAAACUGUAGGUAGCUCCUGAAUAACAUGUAUAGUAUGAAUCAGAGAAGUAUUUUGUUUUAUUUUACUUGUAGUAUAAAACGUUUAAAAAUAAGUGUUCAUCAGUUUCUAAUGAGAUCUGUAUUAUAUUUUUGUAAAUGAUGUAAGCAGUAUUAGGAUUAGGUAUAUUCUAGCUGAAAACGUUUCCUUAUGUAUUAUCACGCAAGUGGUUGUAGUUA